GAGCUCCGGAGGGAGCUGUGGCUGCUUUACGUCCAGCCGCGACUGUCGUGAAAGCGAGGGGCACGCCUGACGGCAGCACUGUCGCGAACGCUCGCAAGGACAGCCAUGCCACUUCUCGAUCUCCAGAACCAGCUGGGCAUUGAUGUUGACAGGUGGUUGCUCGUCGGGAGUUCCAAGCAGCCCCACAAGCAGGCCACUUUGUGCUUUGCCUUUCAGAAGGAGUGGCUGGAGUGUUCUGAUGGCAUUGGAUCUGUAAGGGCAAAGAAGGAGUGCCAGCAGGAGAUGGAGGAUCUUGCUGAAUGUCUAAGCAAGAAAAAAAUGGUGAAGCGAAUGAUGGCGAUUCAAGCACAGAGGGAGAAGCUGAUAAAGGAGGGAAAAUACACCCCUCCUGACAACCAUUCUGGCAAAUUUGACCCCACACCUUGAACUUUUGCUGCUUACCCUGGAGGAAGCAGAGCAGGAGUCACUUCCCAGUCUCUCUCUCUUCCUUUUUUUUUUUUUAAGAGUUCUAUCACUAAUGUAUCAACAACUUCUGGUUAGCAUGGAGACAAUUGACUUUAGUCAUUUUCCUUUAGCUGCCAACCGCUCCUCUGUGUCUAGUGAAGUGGCAGACUGUUCCUGGCUUGAAUAAAACUGCCUCUUUGGGUCUUGAACAUUAA